CCAGCCGGUCGGCACUAAAGUACGCACCGGUCACAUCAUGUCGAAGCACCUUCGCUUCUUCGCGCGGACAAUUAUGGUCCAGGACGGCAACGUUGAUGCGGCGUACAAGACUUUAAACAGGGUCCUGACUCAGGAUGGAAUUAUUGAGUCAGUGAAACGCAAGCGCUACUUUGAGAAGCCGUGCCGUGAGCGACAGCGGAAGAACUUCGAGAACUGCAGGCGGAUCUACAACACGGAAAUGGCCAGGAAAAUUACCUUCAUCUCCAGGACAAACAGAGAGGAUCCCUGGCUCGGCUGCUAGUGGUGUGAUGGGACAUGAUCUUAUCAAUGGACUUGUUUGUUGAGACGGAGCCAGAAGAAAAAUACAAGAGGCCAUUAAGACCAACACAAUGUCACCGUCACAAGUGUCUUUCAUUGUUUGAAAAGACAAAGACUUUUUUAGAUGUGCAUUUAUUGUCAAAUCAAAGUUGGACAUUUCUUUCCAUUUAAUCCACAUAAUCUGGCAUGAAAAGUGCUCAAACUCGUCCUUGGUUGGAAUGUGCGGGCUAAUGUUGAUGACAUUUUGUGCUCAGAAUCUUCCCACACAAUUGUGUCAAUGAAAAAGCUAAUAAAUGUGUAACAUUGACUAAAAAUCUCAA